AUGAAUAUUCAAUUGAUUGACAAAGUCAAAGAUUGCACCAAGGAUUUCCUUAGAUUGGGUAAUAUUGAGGAGCAGGAUCUCAAGCAAAAGUCAAAGGUGGACUGGCUUAGAUUAGGGGAUGGCAACAAUGCAUAUUUCUAUGCUGCCCUAAUGUCUAAGAGAAGUCAAAAUCAAAUUUCCAACCUCAAGGAUGAAGAAGGUAAUAUUCUGUAUCAGCAAAAUGACAUUGAGCAUGAGAUAACAAAGUACUACAAGAAGCUCAUAGACUGCUAA